AUGGCCAUCGACAAUGGAAUGGAGUUUAGUGUCAUACUCAUACUCAUUACUCAUUUGGAGUCUUUGCAUCAACUGACUAACAUGUUUGUCAGUAUAUGUGCUGUUUUGUUACGCAUUGGUGAAAACCGGAGAAAUAGACGCAGGAGAGUGUCAUUGGACCAUCGUGGGAGGGCUAGAGUAAGGGAAGUAAACUUCCUUAGGAUUGUUCACAUAAGUGACACGGCGUGUAUAGAGAAUACAAGGAUGGACAGGAGGUGUUUUCAUAACUUGUGUGGGUUGCUUAAAACCGUUGGUAAACUUCAACCGACGAGGCAUAUGGGUGUAGAGGAGAUGGUUGCAAUAUUUCUUCACAUAUUGGCCCACGAUGUCAAGAAUAGGAUAAUUAAAAGACAAUUCAUGAGAUCCGGAGAAACCAUUAGUAGACAGUUCUCUAAUGUUUUGCUUGCAGUGUUACGUUGUCAUAAUGUUCUACUAAAACAACCUGAGCCAAUCCUGGAAAACUCGACCGAUGAUAAGUGGAAGUGGUUCAAGAAUUGUUUGGAAGCACUUGAUGGGACACACAUAAAGAUUAACCCCUUACUGGCGGACAAGGCCAGAUACCGGACUAGAAAGGGUGACAUAGCAACUAAUGUUUUAGGGGUUUGUUCUCAAGAUGGUCAGUUUAUG